AUGACCCCUGAAGAGGCAAAUUCGUUGUUCGGCUGGUUCUGGAUUCAGCUCACUUUGCAGGCUCACGAACAGGAAACCAUUCCGGUAUGGGAAUGCGACGACCUAACUGCGGAUCCAUUCUCGAACUACCUUAUGCGAAACUUUUCGAUCAUGUCCACCGAUCUCGCGGAGAACCGUCAGAUCUCCAUAAGAGAGCAGCAGCGGCGAGUCUUUGGGCAUUCAUCUACGGUCAUCACAACACAGCGUGAUGGGCCGAGACGGUACGUACCUCCCAACCUGGCAUUUGCGGCGACCAAUGCCGAAACAGGACCAACCCUUGGUUGGUUCUCGUGGGGCUGCAUGUCAACUUGUCAUCUGAAUGUUCGCCAUUGCUUCAAAAACCAGGACUUUGUCAGACUUUUGAAGUACAUGAGUACAUACGACAUACGUGGCAUAGCAUUGCCCAGCAGUUUAGAGGAUGGGGGGAAAGGGUUUCAAUCCCCGGCCAAGGCGGGAACUGGUGGCCUCAAGGGGGGCAAGGAUGAGCCAUGCUCACCACUUUCCAAAUGGCAUUCGAUCGUCGCAAGCCGGUCAAGAACUCCCCCAGGGUCCCCUGAAGUCUUGAAAACAAACCGGUUGCCCAAGGUUCAGCCCCCUCUCCGUCCACGGCUUCUUGAGUAUUUAACAACAAAAAGAGAUCGGAUCGAAAGGGGACGGGAUGGCCAGUAUUUGAAACGGUUCCAUGGGGGCGUUCCGCCGUCGUAA